CAACUGGUCGUUUUAUUAUUGCUGAGUAGUGUAACACGCACUGGGGUCAUUUCAGUAAAAGGGUUCUUGAAGUCAAUGGCGCGUAAAUAAAUGGGUUUAUUCUGGCGCACUCUCGGGCUGCAGUUUCUGAACGGACGGGUUCGUGUGGGGUAAAUGAUGUCAUCGAGCGGAGGGAUAUAGUACAAAUGAGGCUACACGGGCAGUGAGGAGGAUCGGAGUUCCGGUGAAACUUUGCUAGUGGACGAGCCGGUAGCCUGAGCAACACUGUCGACCAAAGCAGGUCUGUUGGUAGCAGUCUUACAGGCGAAGUUACCAGGCUGUUGCAUACAGCAAUUUUCUGAUUCCCUAUUUUGUCACGCUCAAGUUUGUUUUAAGGAUCCAACACAAAUAAAAUGGCUGACCAGCUGACUGAAGAACAGAUUGCUGAGUUCAAGGAAGCGUUCUCCCUGUUCGACAAGGAUGGCGACGGCACCAUCACCACCAAGGAGCUGGGCACAGUGAUGCGGUCUCUGGGCCAGAACCCCACGGAGGCGGAGCUGCAAGACAUGAUCAACGAGGUGGACGCAGACGGCAAUGGGACCAUUGACUUCCCUGAGUUUCUGACCAUGAUGGCGAGGAAGAUGAAGGACACAGACAGCGAAGAGGAGAUCAGAGAAGCCUUCCGGGUCUUUGACAAGGACGGCAACGGCUACAUCAGUGCGGCUGAGCUGCGCCACGUGAUGACCAACCUCGGCGAGAAGCUGACAGACGAGGAGGUGGACGAGAUGAUCCGCGAGGCCGACAUCGACGGAGACGGACAGGUCAACUACGAAGAAUUCGUGCAAAUGAUGACUGCGAAGUGAAGUGCACUCUUCUUUCUCUUACAUUGCCUGUCUCCUAUGAUCACUCUGUCUAUAAAAAAUGAAAUCUAACAAAAAAAAUCUUUAAAAAAAUCUUACAUGUUAAAAUUAUGUAAAUGUGGUUCGAAUUCAACCUACUUCUGAGGCAUCUGUUGACAACCGCAGAAUAACCCCGAAAGGAGCGACCAGAAGCCUAAUCUGCAUGAGCUCUCUCUCUCCCUGAAUAAACCCAGCGUGUCUCCCAGAUGUUGGCGAAUUUCGGUGAAAAUCGAGGACCGAACGACGCUUAAAGUGGGGUGGGGGGAAAAAAAACCCAGACGGAAAUGAACGACAGGAUUGUCCUUAUCGAAAAUGAGCAGCUUUCCGUUCGAGCAAAUUCCUGUUUGUAACGAUCUAACCGUGCAGCUCGCCAGAAACGCUGUGCUGUGUCCAACGAGAAAUUACUACACACAAAAAAAAAAAAUCCUUGCAUGCAACUUUUCUGACAGUUUCAUGUUGUUGCAAUAAGGGGGUCUUGAUUCUACGGUUGAGUGGAAAUGCUAGAUUGUGUACAGACAGGUUUAUACAUAUAUAUUUGUACAAUAUGUAUUACAGAGCGUUGAUACAUGCGCAAGUGAGACUGUCUUUGGGUUGGGUUUUCUGCUCUCAGCGUUCUGGAGCAGUGUGUAGAAUGAACAGUAAAGCAUCAUUGUGGGUUUUAUUUUCUGUUUUUAAUUAGGGCUAUUUUUUGUUUCCUUCAGUAACGUAAGAUAACUGCAGCAUCAUGCUUGGGUAGGGCAGUGUGUCUGUGUUCUUGUAGAUGUACAGUUACAGAACAUUAAUAAAGAUAACAUUGCAUUCAGUGGACAAAAGCAUCUCUGUAAAUACCUAAUCUGCAAACAAAUAUGAUACAAAUGUAAAUGUCAUGCUUUUAAUAUGUGCGUUGUUAAAUAUUAAAUGUGUUGUAAACUUUGCAUUGCCUAAUAUUAAUAUAAUAGUACAGCCUGUGACUCUUCUGUUAAUUUGCCCCUUUGUUUUGAUAUGUGCCAUAAUCUUGAGCCUCAACUUUUUUGCAAGACAACUUUUAGUAAACUAGCAAAUAUUAUAAACAUAUACUGUAUACAUACAUAUAUUUGCACUUUUGUGUACAAGAAUAUCUUUGAAACUGUUCAGAUUGAAAAAAAAUUAUGAAACCAAAUUUUGCUGUUGCUGCUGCUGCUGCUAUAACUCCUGUCUCUUGCUCUAGUCGUGGUUUGUCAGAUCCUUGUGUCAUGGUGAAGUUUCCAUGCUCUGCUUUCUGAGUGACUGUAAAGUCCCACAGAGGAAUACGGGAGGGGGUUUGAAGAUUUGAACCAAUGAAAUAAUGAAAUUAAUAAGGUGGGAAAACGAGUAGUUACAUUCUUCUGUUUGAGGUUUUCAGACCUAAGUAGAAAAAUGUGGUAUAUGGGUAAACAAAACGAAAUGUAUGGAGCUCUUAACAUCUUUCUUACUCCUAUCACAGUGCUCUUAAGGGGAUUUUACCAGUCCUGUGUCACCGGUGGAGUGCGUGGGGGAGGGUGCGUUGGGGUUGGUGGGUAAAUGAAGGACCCGACUGUAGCUGUUCAAAUAUGUGGAGGUUUGCGUCCAUACUACAAGCUGUGAAAUAUCAAUGUUUUCCAAUAAUAAAAAAAUAAAGUUUACUAUAUGA